AAUGUCUAACAUUGAGCUAUCACAAGGCUCAGCUGACGAAAGACAAUGCAAACAACUAGCGUUUCACGUGGACUCAGAAAUUGUCGACUUGGAUAUAAUCGCGCCUACUUUUGCUUCAUUGACCUUUGAAAAUGACAGCAGUUAUACAGUUCUUGAAAAUCAGUUCGCCCAAGCAGAUGGUGUUUUGCAUAAUCCUUUGUCGGCAUCUGUUAGCUGUACGCGAGAGGAAAUUUGCGACGUCAUCGAAGAAGUAAUAUGCUCUUCGGAUGACGUUCAACUGUUUCCGCACCACUUCUCUGAAUCUAAGGCGGUGUGUGAGAUUUGUGGUAAAACAUUAGAUUCCAUUCCGCCGGAAAAUUCCUCGACUGGUCAGCAUAAGCCAGCAGGUGUGAUCUGCGAACCGUGUGCCAAAGAUGCGUUUGGAUCAUCCAUUUACUCAUCUGAUUACAAUACGAACAGUGAAAAAUGGGAGCUAAGUCAAGAAGAAGAGCACAGAUGUGAUAUCUGUGGCGAGGUCUUUCUUAAUCAACAGUCUCUGGGAAAUCAUAAAGUUAGUCUUUAAUAAACUUACCCUCGUAAAAGUUACCUACGAUGAA